AUGGGAAUUCUGCUACCCACCACCGUAGUCGGGGUGGUUUCAAUUUUCGUGGCCACUGGCAGUAACUACGUUCUAAUCUAUGGCAUUGGCUCCUGGAAUGGCUUGGGCUUCACCGGGUCACCCACUGCAACCGUGUUGGCAUCCUGGUUCCAGCCGAUUGCGCUCUUCAGCUUCGCUAUUCUCUAUAAGCAUCACCAUCGCCGCGCUUGGUACGGCUGGAACAUCCACGCGCUCACGCUUAACCGACUGCGAUCUUAUCUAAGGGUGGCUGGACCGAUUUCCAGCAACAGCUUCGUAUCCAACUUGGCCAGUGCACUAGUAGCCCUAGUAGCAGCAAGACUUGGAGCUCGAAUUAUCGCUGCUAAUGCUGUCAUUUCAAGUCUGUGGGGGCUGCUUUGGGCGCUCUUCUGGGGAUACGGCUGUGCCACGCAGGCCCGCGUCGCCAAUUACUUAGGUGCGGGCAAACCGGACUUGGCGCGUCGUAUCACUGGCUUAGGUUUUAUCUGCACGAUGGUAGUCGUCGUACUUAUCGCGGCGGCCACCAGCCUCAUGGAUCAGCACAUUAUAGCGUUAUACACGACGGACACAGAUCUCUUAACCACUUGCAAGCUUGUACUGCCCAUUUUCGUCGUUGCUUGCGCCUUUGAGGCCGUGGAGAUUCUUGGUGCUGGAGCUCUGACUGGAAUGAGUGCAAUUGCCACGUGGUUCAUCAAUCUGCCGGUGGCCUACAUAGGCGGUAUUACGUUGGGCUACGGAUUCCCCGCGCUCUGGGUGGGUGUACUCAGCAUGGAGUUCUUUAAAGUGAGCAGCUAUACGUUGGUACUCGCGCACGUGCGCUGGAGCGACGUAGCUGAGCGCGUCAAAGCGGCGGUGGAAGCUGCCCCUGAGAUGGAACAGAGCACGGCGCAGUUCGUGGCAGCCGCAGCUGACAUCCAACCUAUCACACCACCUACAACGCCGACGCUCAUGGCCUCGGCCCUGGAGCGCAAUCGUCACCUGCCUAACGAGGUUCUACCUGCUCCGUUCGGUUAG